CUCAGUCCCUCCCGAGCCUCCGCGGAGACCGCACGUCUCUCUCGCGCCACCUAGUGCCGACAAAAAACAACAGUUGCAUUUUUUAUCAGUAAAAAACCGUGCUGUGUUUCACUUUUUGACUUACAUUUGGAUUUUUAUCACCAUCCAAGCUGAACAAGCGGCCUUCAACCGGUGUCAUUAUUAGUCGGACAGUUUUACGAAUAUUAGGAUUCGAGAUGAGGUGUCUGUGAUCCAAGCCAGGCGUGAACGGCGCCACCAUGACCUCCGAGCGAGCCAUCCCUCAUCUCCGGGAUAUCUUCGGGCUCAACCAGCAGUACGAGACCAAGAGCUUCGACGACAAUGACGACAAAACGAAGAAGUCGAAGAAGAAAAAGGACGACUACCGCUCGUACGCCAACGGCGACGUGAAAACGCUCGAACGACACCUCAGCAUGAAGAAGACUAUUCGGAAAAAGAUCAUGCGUGACCUUCAGCAGGCGUUCGUGGAAGACCCUAACGAGUUUAAGGUGGAGAACACGAGCCCGGAGAAGCUGAAGGCAGAGCUGAGUGCCGAAGCUGUGAAGAUCGAGAAAAACGUGCGGAAGAACGACCCCACGUUCCUGGACAUGUUGCGGGGGGAGACGAGGGGCGAGGAGGCGCGUGAGGAGCAGCCCCCCGCCGAGAAGACCAGCUUCUGGCGGCGUCUGACCAUGAAGAACAAAAACAAGAGAUAAACCAACUGAAGCCGGGCACGCACGUUACUCCCCCACAUCCCCUGAAUGUUGGAUUCACGUGUUCUAUGUCAAUUGUAUAUGAAUAUUUAAAAUGUCUAUUGUACUGAAUAACUACAGUUUAUUGUGAGCUACACUUUGACUGAUUGUAAUGUAGCUGAUAGAUAUAAUUCCAAGCGGAUUUGCUUUGUAAAGUGCUCCCACAUGAAAGCAGGAAAUCUACCAACGGACUCUACAUUAAAUUGUUGUUUUCGUAUUUGUCUAUGAACAACUAAACAUCAUUAACUACCUACCUACUUAUUAAUCAAGUCAAGAUAAGACAUUUAAAAACCGGAACAGCUCAGUUAAAUUAUAGUUUUUAUUUUGCAUUGUAAAUGUUUGGAAGGUGCUUGUAGCAAUUUUUUUGUUUGAUCGAACAAUGCCGUUUCUUGUUCAGUGUUUUUAUUCCUCAAUUUAUGAAAAGCUUAGGUAGGUACCUAACAUUACCGAGUCUAGUAUACUUACCUACUGAAAAAUACGCCUGAAGACUUCGCUAAAUUAUUUCGCUAACUUUAGCCUUCCUGAAGUUAACGAAAUUAACAUUAUAUAACCUAGUUAUCCUAUCUAAAAUUACAAAAAUACAAAUAUUAAGCAUUUUGAAAGGUGAUACUUUAUUCUACUUCUCCCCAUUUACCAGGACAUUAUUAAAAUCUUUCAUGUGGCAGUCUUUACUCACUGCGAGCUGAAAUACUAUAUUUAAAUAUAAGGUUAGCUAGUGAUUCAAUUUCUUGCUAUAAAUUUUAUUAUUACUAGUUUUAAGUCCGAUGUGGGGGGGUAACGUGGUAACAAUCGGCCAUUGUUACUUAGACAUAAUAAAUAUCUCGAUAUAAAUUGUGAUUUACCGUUAAGUUGUGUAAUUAAGAUAGUUUAAGUCUUAGGUUAAGGCUAAAAUACGGCAACUGUGUAAGGUAGGCGCAAGGCAAUUCAUUGUUGUGACAAUUUAUUACAAUUCAAUAUACAUAAUUUUACACAUUUA